CUAGGCUGUGCCCAGACGUGAAAAGUCUGCCCAGGGAGACUCCCCAGUCGCCAUCCCUGCUCCCAGUGCUCAGCGCCAUGCCCAUCUCCAGCCUCACCUGCUGUCUGCUCGCUCUCCUGCUGCUCACCUCUGCCUGCUACAGUCAGAACAAACAGCCAGUUGGCAAGAGAGGCCUGAAACCCUGGAAAAUGGGCCACGUCGUGCAGUGCUUCCAGUGCGGAACCCUGAGCUUUGUGCGCUACAUGAAGGUCGAUAUCUGUUGUGUUCAGGGGAUCUGCAAAUUCUGCCAGGAGAAUUUAAAGGACUGCAAAAGGAGGAUUCACUGUCAACUCCUGAUCUCAGCCCUGCGAGAACCAAGACUUCUGCACAUCCCUGGGCUUCUGCCCAAGCUGCUUGCCUGAAGGCUGCCACAUUGACCCCACCUGCAACAAGGCCUGCUCCACACAGUGCUGAGCCUGCAGGGCUAUGGAUGCUCUAGGAGCGAAUCCCUCGCUUCCCCUUAGCCAACCCAGAAAGAAUGAAAAUGCAAUAAAGCUCAU